CUGUGGCCGCAUCAGCAACACUCACUCGGGAACUUUCCUCCGUCACAGCUCAUCGAAUGAAGUCUCGACAAGCAAGUCAUUUUCCUGACGCCGAUUGAUUGUUAUCCCGAGGUGGGCUUUCAUCCAUGGUCGGUCUUUCAUAUAAAACUCGGCGCAAAAUGAUCAGUAUGAAAGGGAGCUUGAGGCAGCUCGAUGGCUCACCCAUUUGUCCGAGCUUGCACAAUCAUUUCAUCAAAGAAAUCUGCUACCACCAUACAUCAACGGAGUACUUGCGAACUACCUCAUCCAGCAAACGGUGCUACUUUGAACAAUUAUCAAUGUGGAAUCAAUACGCACCACGGGUCUACAUCGGCCUGGUUUUGUGCUUCCCGUUCGACAAUGCCGGUAACAACCGUCUUCGAGCCGAAAGGCACAUUCGCGAGUCACUCAAUCGUCUUGCUGAGGCGCGGCCAGAUUUUGCUGCCAGGCUCCGAGUUGACACAGAGGGGUGCGCAUCCUUACAACGUUGUCCUACGUUCAAGAUCCCACUAGGAGUAUCGUCACGCGACGAGCGCCACGCCGAUAAGCUCGCACCUGACUACGAAAGUCAAAAGUCGGCAGGGUUUCCGCCGUCUAUGUUCAUCCACAAGGACUUGGUGUCCCCGGGGGUCGCAACCGAGGCAAAUGGUGGGGUCCCAGUUUCGCAAGUCAGGCUGAAGUUUGUCGACGGCGGCUUGUACCUCAUGCUGCAGCUUCACCAUGCCCUUUUCGACGGCUGCUCGAUGGGGAUUUUCCUAGACUGCUUCGCCGCGCAGCAGACACGUUCCGAGAAGAUUAUACAUCUCGAGUAUCCCAAGGAACAGCUCUUUAUUCCCGCCAGGAAUAGCCAGCGAAUCAUCACCUCAGAUCAGAGUCGAAGCAGGCUCGAUCGGGUACGCCACAGGAUGUUUGAAUAUUUCGCAUCUCAAUGUCCCGAAUACGCAAUCUUGCCGGACAAGUCAGGACCUACGCAGCCCAAGGUAGAACAUAGUGCCGUUCCCAUGGCCAAGAUCAAGCGCUCCGGCAAGAUAUUUGUGUUCCGCAACGACCGGCUCCAGGCUUUGCGUGAGAUGGUCAGGCGCGAGCUCAAUGCUGAGAAGCUCCCCACCUCGUACACGGUGCUGGCUGCCCUGACUUGGGCACAUGUUGUACAGGCACGGCAUCGCCAUGAGAGCUACAUGCCUGGUGAGCGUCGCAUGAAUAGCCAGGGCGAAGCAGACAGUGAAGCCGACGAGACCGACUCCAAUAACAAGCAGUCGUCGCUCUGGAAUUCCGUCAGUUGGCGGCCUCGUGCAAACAAAGAAGAAGCGACAGAAUACUUUGGCAACGCGGUGCUCCCCGUCGUCACACGCCUCCCACUACAAACCGUUCUCGAGGCAUGCUCUAGCAUCAAUCAUCUGGCCACGCAGCUCGUCCCACAGGUGCAAGAGACCAUAAGCACCGUGGAUCAGAUAUAUGUCGACAAGCGGGAAGCCAUGAUGCGCAUGGCACCGGACCCCCGGCUCGUGGGCGUCAACUACGACCCCAGGAUGCGCGAGAUGGUGCACUUCAACACGUGGCGCCAUUUUGGCGCCAACACGGAGUGGAUGAUCCCCGGCGUCCCCGUGCAGCGCACCGAGGCGAUUCGCAGGGUGCAUGGAGAGUGGAAUUUGGGGACAGCGCUGAUACUGCCUGCACCAGCUGACGCCGAGACGCAGGAGCUGUUCGUGAGCCUGUCCGUCGAUGCCAUGGAGGCGUUGUGCCGGGACCAGGAGUGGAUGGAGUGGGUGGAUCGGGUUAUCGGCUGAAUCAGUUGGCAUAUUUGGGUCGUGUUUCGGUGUCCACGAAAGCUCACAGCAAAGAUACUUGGGCUGGACGCGUUCAGGGCAGCAAACUUAUUGGCCAAGGUCUGGAAUAAAUAUGUGUACGAAGACGAAAUGCGAUAUGCUUUCACGCAAUUCACUCU